AUGGUUGAAGCAGAUCGCCUAGGAAAGCUUUUCAUUGGUGGCCUCAAUACAGAAACAAAUGAAAAAGCCCUUGAAGCAGUAUUUGGCAAAUAUGGACGAAUAGUGGACGUUCUAUUGAUGAAAGAUUGUGAAACCAACAAAUCGAGAGGAUUUGCUUUUGUCACCUUUGAGAGCCCAGCAGAUGCUAAGGAUGCAGCCAGAGACAUGAAUGGAAAGUCCUUAGAUGGAAAAGCCAUCAAAGUAGAACAGGCCACUAAACCAUCAUUUGAAAGUGGUAGACGUGGACCACCUCCACCUCCAAGAAGCAGAGGCCCUCCAGGAGGUCUUAGAGGCGGAAGAGGAGGAAGUGGAGGAACCAGGGGACCUCCCUCACGUGGAGGGCACAUGGAUGAUGGUGGCUAUUCCAUGAAUUUUAACAUGAGUUCUUCCAGGGGACCACUUCCAGUAAAAAGAGGACCACCACCACGAAGUGAUGGUCCUCCUCCUAAAAGAUCUGCCCCUUCAGGACCAGUUCGCAGCAGCAGUGGAAUGGGAGGAAGAGCUCCUGUGUCACGCGGAAGAGAUAGUUACGGAGGCCCACCUCGACGGGAACCCCUGCCCUCUCGUAGAGAUGUUUAUUUGUCCCCAAGAGAUGAUGAAUACUCUCAUAAAGACAGCUAUUCAAGCAGAGAUUACCCAAGUUCUCAUGAUACAAGAGAUUAUGCACCACCACCAAGAGAUUAUACUUACUGUGAUUAUGGUCAUUCCAGUUCACAUGAUGACUACCCAUUGAGAGGCUAUAGUGAUAGAGAUGGCUAUGGUCGUGAUCGUGACUAUUCAGAUCAUCCAAGUGGAGGUUCCUACAGAGAUUUAUAUGAGAGUUAUGGUAACUCACGUAGUGCUCCACCUACACGAGGGCCCCCACCAUCUUAUGGUGGAAGCAGUCGCUAUGAUGAUUACAGCAGCUCACGUGACGGAUAUGGUGGAAGUCGAGACAGUUACUCAAGCAGCCAAAGUGAUCUCUACUCAAGUGGUCGUGAUCCGGUUGGCAGACAAGAAAAAGGGCUUCCCCCUUCUAUGGAGAGAGGGUACCCUCCUCCACGUGUUUCCUACAGCAGUUCAAGCCGCAGAGCACCAAGAGGUGGUGGCUGUGGAGGAAGCCGAUCUGAUAGAGGGGGAGGCAGAAGCAGAUUUUAAAAACAAACAAAACUUUGGACCAAAGUCCCUGUUCAAAGAAACAAACAAAAAAGUGGAACCUUUUCUGUCAUAACUACCCAAGGACUACUAAAAGGAAAAAUUGUGUUA